AGCACCAUAAUGACGGAGGAAGCUUGCAGGACACGAAGUCAGAAGCGAGCACUUGAACGGGAAAUCACCCAAAACGACGUGGACUGUAAAAAAAUGAAAAUGGACAAGGGGCUUUUGGGGGGCCCAGAGGCCAACUCCGAAGGGGGGGACCUUAAGCUAAAGACUGACUCUGGAUCUAGUAAAGUCCAAGGAUUAUUGAAAGGAGGGGAGAUGAAAGCAACCAUCAGAGUGGAAGUUCAGACGGGAGAUGAGCCGGUGGAUAUGAGCACCUCAAAAAGUGAGGCAAAGCGGGAGAGGAGAGUCCCUUCUCCUGAUGUAAUAGUACUAUCGGACAACGAGCCGUCAAGCCCGAGAAUGAAUGGCUUAACCAAAAUAGCAUUAAAAGAGACCAGCGCCGAAGUGCUAAUGAAAAGCAGCCCAGAGGAACGGGAACGAAUGAUUAAACAGCUGAAAGAAGAACUGCGGUUAGAAGAAGCCAAACUUGUCUUACUGAAAAAAUUACGACAAAGUCAGAUACAAAAGGAAACAACAGCCCAAAAGCCUCCUGGUUCUUCAGGUAGUGCCGUAGCAACACCUCCCCCAUUGGUGCGGGGAACACAGGGCAUGGCAUCCAGCAAGUCAGCCCUUCUACAGAACACUUCUUCACGUAUUCCUGGGCCUGUUAUUCCUCCUCCUUUGAUUCGAGGUGGGCAGCAGACAUCUUCAAAGCUGGGCUCUCAACAGAACACGCAAAUAGUCAUGCCACCGCUAGUCCGAGGAGCACAGCAAAUCCACAACAUCCGCCCGCACUCCAGCUCAGGGCCUCCUCCGCUGCUCCUUGCUCCACGGGCUUCCGUUCCUAGCGUGCAGAUCCAGGGCCAGCGCAUCAUACAGCAGGGCCUCAUCCGCGUUGCCAAUGUCCCGAAUGCGAGCCUUCUGGUCAACAUCCCGCAGGCCUCCCCAACUUCAUUGAAAGGUGCGGCUGGGACAUCUGCCCAGGUAAACGCUUCGACCGCCAGCAGCGUUGCUUCCAUCGUCAACUCGAACGACUCCCCUGCCAGCCGGCAAGCAGCUGCUAAGUUGGCCUUGCGGAAACAGCUGGAGAAAACCCUGCUGGAAAUUCCUCCGCCCAAACCUCCGGCUCCUGAAAUGAACUUCCUGCCCAGUGCAGCUAAUAAUGAGUUCAUCUACCUGGUUGGAUUGGAGGAAGUGGUGCAGAACCUACUAGAAGCUCAAGGUAAAGUCUCCGUCAGCCCCUCCUCGCAGGAGCCCUACACCUGCGUCCAGUGCAAGACGGACUUCACCUGCCGCUGGAGGGAGGAGAAGAGCGGCUCCAUCAUGUGCGAGACGUGCAUGUCCUCCAAUCAGAAGAAGGCGCUGAAGGCCGAGCACACGAGUCGGCUGAAGGCUGCCUUUGUGAAGGCCUUGCAACAGGAGCAGGAGAUCGAGCAGCGGAUAUUGCAACAGGCCGCCUCUCCGAUUCAGAGCAAGCCAGAACAAAUAGCUCAGCAACAUCACUCACUCAAGCAGGCCUCCAGCCAGCUGCCCCGAAGUGCCAGCACCCCUCGCGGAGUCUUGCAUGCAUUUAGCCAGUCGCCCAAGUUGCAGAACGCCUCCGGUGUGGCCGUACUUGGUGGCAGGCAAGGUAAGCGUGCUCAGAGACCCAUCGGCAAAGGAGGUGCUUACACUUGGAAGAAGACACCCGUCAAUGCAGGAGGGACGUUGAACUUCGUUAGCCCUGGUCUCACCGUGCACAAAACCACCUCCUCGGCUGUAGACCGCCAGCGCGAAUAUCUCUUGGAUAUGAUUCCUCCACGGUCCAUCCCUCAAUCGGCCACAUGGAAAUAACGCAGGAACCUCCGCCCCGAGUGGAAGACUUCAAUUUAUUCUUUUUUUUUUUUUGAUCUAUUACAUCUUCUUGGGGUUUUUUUCCCCCCCUUCUUCUCCUUUUGAUUCUGCCAUCCUUCCCUCCGAAAUCUCGCCAUGCAGUGGAAAAGCCGCUUUCAAGUCUAACUGGAUCUGCCCCGCGGGGUUUGCCGGAAAGUAUUUUUUACAUUUUUGGUGUUUUUUUGUUUUGUUUUUGCGCCAGUCCAGUCGGGGGCUAUUUUGCUUCCUCUGCUGGUUAGAACGGACGCUCAAAAAGGGCGGUAAUGAACAUUUAAGCUACCAAGUUCUUGCAAACUUUUUUCUUUUGGGGGGGGGGAGGCUGAUGGUUGAGAUCAUCCCUGAGGAGAAUCUCAAUUUAAUAUUAUUGUUUUCUCUGUGUAUUUUGUCUCUUUAGUUUGGGGAUUAUUAUUAUUUUCUCUCUUUUUUUUUUUUUUUUUUUGGAUCAGCACUAGUAUGGAACCAAGGACUCAUGCAAGAGAUUUGAUGGCUCAGUUGCUUCCGGCCUCAGUCCCUUCCCUUCUUACAAUACAGUCUCUCUCGUUUUGUUUUGUUUUUAGUUACCUUAGCUGAAUUUUACUUUGGUUGAUCAUACAGUGGCCCUUCGUGACCAAGGAUAUAUUUCCACCCGUUCAUAGAAAGUAGAAGUGGGACCUGGCAAUGUUGGGGGGAGGAAGGAGGAAAAAAAAAACAAAAAAAAAUCCAGAAAGCUGGACCGGUUUCCUCACGGCCUUGUUUUCUCUAAAACCCUUUGUAAUUCCUGAGGAGGCUUUAAUCCAAAGGAUAACAGCAGGAGUUUGCCGUUUGGUUUGGAGGUUUCAUUUUGUUUUCUUUUUAACCCAGUAAUAUACUACGAGCAAAUGCAGACGGACUUGCCACCGCCAGAAGAAAUGGAGCAACCGAACAUAGGAUGUGCAUCUUCUUGUUUUCGGGGUGUUUUUUAAAAAUAAAUAGAACCUUGUUUCAAAGACAGAUGUUCUGCUCUGGACCUUUGCUAGUUUAAAGAAUUACUGGACAGUUUAUAUAAAACAGCUCUAUUGAAUCUCCUCAAUCUGAAACGAAUGAACAGGUUGUUUUUUGUUGUUGUUUUUUACAGAAAAAAAUAAGAAAAAAAAAUAAGUCUUGACGCGCCCAAAGAGAAAAAGUGAACUGUGUGGAGAUGAAUAAUUUUUUUUCCCUACAAAAAAAAAAAAGCAAAGUAUGAUUGAAUCUCCCGUCCCCUUUUCAUUUUUUUUUCUAGAAAAGUUUUUACUGGGCUAUCUUAAGAACAGUGUGCAAUUUAGUCAUGUGGAGCAGAAGGGACCAGAGAAGUACAUUUUUUUGUGUUUUUUUAAAAAAGAAAUAAAUAAAAGCAACAAAAGAAA